AUGUCGGAGCAUGACUUUCUUGACGGGCAGGACACUCCACCCCGUGCUGAGGAGGACCUAGAGCAGAGCGGCUCUGCAGGAACAGCCAGCAGGGGCCAGAUGCAGCAGGCGGGGCCAUCGGAGGCAGCAGCAGUUGAAUGGUGCCCCAUCUGCCUGGGCACCAUCAGAAACACCGCCUACAUCUAUACAUGCUUCCACACCUUCUGCUUCCGCUGCAUCCGGCGGUGGGCCACCACGAGAUCCGCGUGCCCGCUCUGCAGGCAGCCCAUCGACCGCAUCCUGCACACAGUGCGAGCGGACGACGACUACCAGCAGUAUGUGUGCAGCUCAUCUGCUCGCGGCCGCAGGAACGCCGCCAGGCAGAGGUUCCGCAGCAGAUCCCCUCAGCGCCGCUAUGACCUGCGCCCACGGCCCAGCAACAAUGGCCCCACCGCUGGAAGAAGGGGGCCGCAGGGACAAGCAGACGGGGCUGUCGCAGCUCCAGGGCCCAUCAACGCCGCCCCCUAG